AUGCCCAAGAGAAAGGCUGAAGGAAAUGCUAAUGGAGACAAAACCAAGGUUAAGGACGAACCACAGAGGAUAUCAGCACAGUUAUCUGCUAAACCUUCCACUCCGAAGCCAGAACCCAAACCCAAAAAGGCACCUACAAAGAAGGGAGAGAAGUUAGCCAAAGGGAAAAGUGGAAAGGCUGAUGCCAGUAAGGAUGGGAACAACCCUGCAGAGAAUGGAGAUACCAAAACAUACCAGGCAUAG